AUGUCGGGCCACUAUCAGAAUUCGCAUGGCAACAACGGCGACUCCCUAGAGUUCAGCAUCUUCCAGAGCCUGUCUAGCGGUAGCGAUAACAACUCGGACGGGGCUUCGUCUUCUCGCGGUCCCACUACUACUCUUCCCGAGAAUACGAACGGAAACGCCACUGCAAACGCCACUGCGAACGCCAAUGCCAAUGCCAAUGGUUCCUUCAUCCCCGGCCCGAGCCUCGUCGGGCCAGUGCCGCCAUCCGCCGCUGAGGAAAACGGUCCGUCGCCCACUCUUGCUCCGUCGGGGUUCUCCUCCGAGACCCUCUUCCAGUCUCAGGCCGACUCGUUCCCGGGUCUUAAUGGUCGGGCGACCCCAGUCGACUCCCUACCGUCUCCUCCUUAUCCGGGGAAGACGGGGUUUUACGACUCUUUAGCAUCAGGACCGUCCACUCCAACAUACCAAAGCCAAGCAAGCUUAUCCAACCUUCUCAACCAGACUCCCACCUCGGUCCUCUCGAAAGACUGGGUCCCUAAAGAAGAGUCCAUCUCACACCUCCACGACCGAGACGACGUCGACUUUUGGCACGGCUGGAAACGCCUCCUCUUCCGUCUCGUCCCCGUCCUCGUGCUGGCCAACACGCUCCUCUAUCUCGCCUACCUCGGCCUGCGCAUCGCCUGCGUCAUCUGGGCCCAGGAAGCCCGGCACGCAGUCUACCAUACCGCCUGGGUCUUUAUCGCCGUCGAGGUCGCCGUGGCCAUCCCGUCCAUGAUGCACAACAUCUGGACCAUGUGGGCCUUCAAGAAGAGGAGGCGCCCCAAGCUGCGCCUGACCACCGACGACGUGCCCGCCGUGGACGUCUUCGUGACGUGCUGCGGCGAGGACGACAACGUGGUGCUGGACACCAUCCGGGCCGCCUGCGACCAGGACUACCCCAGGGACAGGUUCCGGGUCGUCGUGCUGGACGAUGGCAAGUCGAAGGCGCUGGAGGACGGCGUGGUGUUGCUGGCCAAGCGCAUGUACGCGAACCUCCACUACAUGGCUCGCCCGAAGUAUCCCGGCGUGCCGCAUCACUUCAAGGCCGGGAACCUGAACUACGGUCUCGAUCAGGUUCACGAUCUGCCUGGGGGUGCGGCUCCUUUUAUGGCUGCCCUGGACGCUGAUAUGAUCCCUGAAAAACACUGGCUCCGCGCUAUGCUCCCUCACCUCCUCCUCGACCCCAAGAUGGCGCUCGCCUGCCCGCCACAGCUCUUCUACAAUACCCCCCCAUCGGACCCCCUCGCCCAGAGCCUCGACUUCUUCGUACACGUCAUCGAGCCCAUCAAGGACGCCCUGAAUGUGGCCUGGUGUACGGGAUCCGGCUACGUGGUCCGGCGGGAAGCCCUCGACCAGAUCGGCAACUUCCCCCUCGGCUCCCUCGCCGAAGACGUGGCCACCUCCACCCUUAUGCUGGGCAGGGGCUGGAAGACGGCCUACAUCCACGAACCCCUGCAGUUCGGCACCGUCCCGGAGGAUUUUGGCGGCCACAUCAAGCAACGGACCCGCUGGGCCGUCGGCACGGUGGACACGUCCUUCAAGCUCCGGUUCUGUCUCUUCGGCGAGAAGGUGCGCCACAUGAGCCUCGCCCAGCGCUUCUCGGGCUUCAUGUACGCCUCCCUCAGCCUGUACACCAUCCUCCUCACCGUCUCCCUCUUCGCCAUCCCCGUGAUCCUCGUCAUGGGGAAGCCGCUCGUGGCCUUUGCCACCGACGAGCAGUUCCGCUGGCUCAUCCGCGCCUGCUUCGCAGCCGUGGUGACCAACCGGCUCUGCGAGCUCGCCCUGUUCCUGCCGGCGGGGUACCACACGGGCCAGCGCGGGUCGCGCUACCAGCUCUGGAUGGCGCCCUACCUGGCCCUCUGCAUCCUCCGCUCCUUCGUGCUGCCGACGUGGCUGGGGGGCCAGAAGCAGGCGUUCAAGCCGACGGGGUCGCUGGCGUCGGUGCUCCACGAGCGCGACCUGAAGCACCGCCGGGGCAUGCUGCGGCGCCUCCGGACCGUACUGGUGCACUACAUGGCGGCGUUCCACCUGGGCUACGUGUACCUGACGCUCGCGGGCGCGGCCAUGACCUCGUUCCGGUGCUUCUACCGCGGCGGCGCGGGCGCCGUGCCCAUCAUGAGGUGCCUGGUGACGCACGCGUUUUGGCCGCCGCUGACGUUCAUCUUUCUGUGCAACUCGAUGUGGACGCCCAUCUCGUACGCCAUCGACCCGCCCGUCAUGCCGGACCGCGAGCGGCUGCUGGAGCGGGACGCCGCGACGGGGGUUGCGCACCCGACGCCGGAGAGCAAGAAGAUUGCCUUCGGCGGGCAGGCAGCGUGGUUUGAGUUUGAGUAUACUUUCUCGACGGUGUAUACGGCUUUGGUUUUUGCGGCGUCUUUCAUUUUCUUCUGA